CAGGCCAACAACAGUCAAGCCUUACACAAGCGUUUGGUUGUAUAUGCAUGGCACUUGUUCUGAAAUUUGCAUGCUACUCUAUAAUUCUAACAGAUUGUACCAACCAGCUCAUCAAAGCAGUACUGAACCUCGAAUGGACAGCGUCAGGAAGAUCUUUCAGAAAAGCUUACUUUUGGUAAAGGGAAAUAACAUGAGGAGAUUGCCUAGGAUGACUGCGUUUCGUUCGUUUGGACCGCUAUCUCGAUCUAAGGGUGGACAAUAUACCACGUCCGGGAGUGGACGGUACAUCAAGGAAGGAGGGAUCAACAGUGGAGAGGUUUUGUUAACUAACCGGGUCAUGACUCCUCCCCUGGGAGAUGGUGCGUUACACCUCCAAUCCACUCAUGUCGGCCAGGAUCGCCGCACAAGAAAGCCUCAAAACCCUGAGGGGUGGCCGAUAAAGUUUGAGGGCUGGAUGCUAAGCUACCAAGCUUAGGCUUGGAGUGGUGCUUCUCUCUACAUUUACACUCGAGCCCUUUUGCCUCUCCCCACUUCAACUCUUUAACCUGUCUCACAGGGCUCGAACUAGCUAGAAUAUUACAGCAGAACAGUUUCUUUAGAAAUUUUCUGUUUUAACCACUCGUUUAAAUUUGUUGGGGUCAAUGUGGCAUGGUCCUUAUUUAAAUAUUCCUCAAGUGUGACUUAAACACAUACCAUGCACCUAGGUGCGAAACUCGGUACCUAACAAUUCAUUCAAGUAAAACUUCUGAAAACUGGAUAGGUCUUGAAGGCUGCUUAGCCCCUGCUAUGUGAUAUGUAUCUAUUUUACUCGCUCAGAAAUGCGAGUUGAGUACCUACGAUGUAGUUUGGGUUGAAAUCGUAUCAACGGCUUAGAUUCAUUAAGGAACCCCUAGUAGAGUUCUUUGCGCUAAACUCCCCAUACAAACUGUAGUUCUGGCAAAAAUUUCAGCCAUAAUUUAUUUAAGAAAACAUUUGCCCGUGUAUAAUUAAAGAGUAAGGUUUUUUAAAAGUUAAUUUGAUAAGAUUUUAAUUUGUACAAUUAUUUUUUUAGUUUUUGAUUUUGUACUCUUUAGUUUAUUCUAUUUCGUCAUGCAAUUUUAAAAGGAUUAUCCUCAGUUAGUUUCCUGAAAGAAAAUAUAUUGAUACUUCAAUAAAGUUGCUGCCAACA